AAUGAUAUUGCUAUUUUGUCAAUCAUUACCCUUGUACCUUCUGCCAUAGCAACUGCCUCCGAGGUGAUUGUGCUGGGGCCGCGUUUGCCAGCCUGUUUGGCGCAAAACUGGUCGAGUGAACAGAAGACUGAACAUGUGUCACCUGCCUCUGUUUCCAUAGCCAUCGCGUCGCGAAGGCCGCUUGACUCUCUCCGUCGGCUGCGUAAAGCGGCCAAUAAGGCCGGUCAUUCAACACCAGCCGCAAGAUCAGUAGGUCCUCUCGACUUGGUCGCCAACACUGGGUUGACAUCGGGCGCCAAGGUAACCGUUUGCAUGCCAGCCAUUACUGUCUGGCAUAAGUCGGGUAAAUCGUCACUACAGCCCGAUGCAAUGAGGCAUUCAUCAUUACUAUGCACUGCUUCAUCAUCGCCACAGAUGCAACGUUUUGAUCAGAGCCACCACGGCAAUCUGGAAUCCCAAGGACUGGGCGGACAAGUUGCCAAUUAUUUAUCGGAGCCCACACGACAAUCGAGUUUAUCACACACAACUUCUCUCAGUUUGACUAGUAUGGGGCAACAGGGCCAAGGAGCAAGUGUGAGCAACUCUUUCGGGCAAAGUUCUAACAAACGCGGCAGAGACUUCGCCUGGCAGACGAAUGGAGUGACCAAUUACUUUGGCGGCAAUGGGCGUAGGGCCGGUGUUACGGGAUUAUCUGUUGGUGGUCGUGCUUCUGGUCUCCAAGCGACCAACUCUAAUCCGAUUGUGCUAACCUUCCUGAGUCAAAAGCCUCCCUCGACUGACCAUGAAGCUCGGCAUUUGUGCAUUUCAAUGCAACCGUUUGAGCAAGUCUGUCUUGCUCCUGCCAUUCUUGAACUCGAUUCUAACAUUACGAAGCCGACGAACGGGGUGGUACCACCAACAGCUGCUGCCACAGAGACGCUGCACACCGCAUCAACUGACCGGUACGCUUGGCGCUAUCUGCAAAAGAUUAUUGGCCGCAGGAUCGGGAAUCCAGCUAGUUUGUCUGAGGGAGGCAGAUUGAGUGGCCCAGCCGAAACGGUUAUUCUUACUAGAUCAACAAAUCCCGAACCUGUUUAG